AGAGUCACAGGGCGGACGGCGAGGUGAGCGGUGUUCAGCUUGGAGCGCUGCGAGGAAGCGGUUUGGGGGAAAAAAAAGGACGAAGCUGCGCGCCUCGCUACCGAGCCGCUCUCUCUCUUUCUCGCCGCGUCUGCGGAACGUCGUGGGGCUCCUUCCCCAGCUCUGAGUGGGCGCGCGAGGCUGAGGAAAAGGGGUGAUGCGUUUCCCGCUGGCGGCCAUCUCCAACGCUCCCGCAGCUGCUGCUUCCACCGCCGCAGCCGCUGCCUCCACUGGGUCCUAGAGCCACACUCGAGGGGAGUCUUUCGCCCCCGCUUUUCUCGCCUCGCCCCCGCCUUGACCGGAGAGUGAACUUUUAGUGACGGGGUCCGUCUCGGCAUGAGCCGCGAAGCCAACUUCGCUCAUUCCUGACCACCCGGCGAUUCUCUUUUGCUCGCGAGCCGACCCACCGGCGAGUUGUGUGGGCGAGUGACGGGCCGCUUGUCAGAGAUGGGAGUGAACUCAGUGCACUGGUUCCGCAAGGGGCUUCGACUCCACGACAACCCGGCUCUGAGGGAAGUCAUCCAGGGGGCCGACACGGUGCGCUGCGUCUACAUCCUGGACCCCUGGUUUGCGGGCUCCUCCAACGUGGGGAUCAACCGGUGGAGGUUUCUCCUUCAGUGUCUUGAGGACUUGGAUGCUAACCUACGAAAACUCAACUCUCGUUUGUUUGUGAUUCGAGGACAGCCUGCAGAUGUAUUUCCUAGGCUUUUCAAGGAAUGGAACAUUUCAAAACUUUCUAUUGAAUAUGACUCUGAACCAUUUGGAAAGGAGAGAGAUGCAGCAAUUAAGAAGUUGGCCACUGAAGCAGGAUUGGAAGUCAUUGUACGGAUAUCGCAUACUUUAUAUGACUUAGACAAAAUUAUAGAAUUAAAUGGAGGGCAGCCACCUCUUACUUAUAAGAGAUUCCAAACUCUAAUAAGUAGAAUGGAACCAUUGGAGAUGCCUGUGGAAACUAUUACUGCAGAAGUAAUGUCAAAAUGUACUACCCCAGUUUCUGACGAUCAUGAUGAGAAAUAUGGUGUUCCAUCACUGGAAGAACUAGGUUUUGAUACAGAUGGAUUGCCUUCUGCUGUUUGGCCUGGAGGAGAAACAGAAGCACUCACGAGACUGGAAAGACAUUUGGAAAGAAAGGCUUGGGUAGCAAACUUUGAACGACCUCGAAUGAAUGCAAAUUCGCUUCUUGCAAGUCCAACAGGACUUAGUCCUUAUCUACGUUUUGGCUGCUUAUCCUGCCGCCUGUUUUACUUCAAAUUAACAGACUUGUACAAAAAGGUGAAGAAGAACAGCUCUCCUCCUCUUUCCCUCUAUGGCCAAUUGUUGUGGCGUGAAUUCUUUUACACAGCAGCAACUAACAAUCCACGAUUUGAUAAAAUGGAAGGCAAUCCCAUAUGUGUGCAGAUUCCGUGGGACAAAAAUCCUGAGGCUUUGGCCAAGUGGGCAGAGGGUAGGACAGGAUUCCCUUGGAUUGAUGCCAUUAUGACCCAGCUGCGCCAGGAAGGCUGGAUCCAUCAUCUUGCCAGACAUGCUGUGGCAUGCUUCUUAACCCGAGGUGAUCUAUGGAUUAGUUGGGAAGAAGGAAUGAAGGUAUUUGAAGAAUUGCUUCUCGAUGCAGACUGGAGUGUGAAUGCAGGCAGUUGGAUGUGGCUGUCUUGUAGCUCAUUUUUCCAGCAGUUUUUCCAUUGUUAUUGUCCUGUGGGUUUUGGCAGAAGAACUGAUCCUAAUGGGGACUAUAUCAGACGGUAUCUACCUAUACUCAGAGGUUUUCCUGCAAAGUAUAUAUAUGAUCCUUGGAAUGCCCCAGAGGGAGUCCAGAAAGCUGCAAAAUGUAUAAUAGGAAUAAAUUACCCAAAGCCAAUGGUAAAUCAUGCUGAGGCAAGUCGAUUGAAUAUUGAAAGAAUGAAACAAAUCUACCAGCAACUAUCCCGAUACAGAGGAUUGGGCCUCCUUGCUUCAGUGCCUUCUAAUGGAAAUGGAAACGGAAACGGAAAUGGAAACGGAAAUGGCGGCCUAAUGGGAUAUUCUCCAGGGGAAAAUCUCCCUGGUUGUGCAGGUGCAGGUGCAGGUGGAGCUCAAAUGGGAACCAGUGAAGGACAUACAGGGAAUGUUCAAGCAUGUACCCUUGGAGAGACUCAUACAGGAACAAGUGGAAUUCAACAGCAAGGUUACUCUCAAGGGAAUAGUGGAAUUUUGCAUUAUGCUCAUGGAGACAGUCAAAAAACACUCUUAAUGCAACAAGGAAGAACAUCACUUAGUGUUGGAGUGUGUACUGGGAAACGCCCAAAUCCAGAAGAAGGAAUUCAGAGCAUUGGUCCAAAAGUCCAGCGACAGAGCAGUAAUUAAUGGGCAUUGCUGAAAGGGAAGGAUCCACACCCUAAGUUUCAGUUUUUGUGAGAGUGCUUGUAUUAAAAUACGCAUUUUCAUACAUUUAUUUUCACACCAUCUGAACAAGUAUGAAUUUUUGGACUGUAUUGUUUCUAACUGGCCUUUCUAUGGUUUUUAAAAUUUUAAAAGACUUUCACUAAGAACAAAUCGAGAUUUGUAAAUAAAGCGUUUGACAAUGAGUUUAGUAGUAAUGUAAAUACAAGCAUUCAUGAUUAGUGAUAUUCAUCUAUUUUUGAUAUUUCAUGUAUGGCUUUCAUAGGUUUCAUAGAUGGAUAUAAAAUAGAAAACAUCUCAACUACAAUGUUGGUCCUUUUUACAUCUUUUUUUUUUUUUAUUAAUUUGGAACAGAAGUUUUGACCAUGAUCCAGGCUCUCACUUUUCAAAUGCCUUCUUAUUUGCCAGUGUAUAAAAUAUACAAAAAAUGUUACUUUUUGAAAACCAACUGUAUAUAAAUCCCUUAUGUCAAUAUUUUUGUUAAAGUACAAAACUGUCAUGAAAUGUGUUCCAACCUUGUGUUUCCCACUGCCUUUGUGCAAUCAGUGAGGAUGCUCUGAUUAAUAAAAAUGUAUAUAUAUAGAUUAUUUCA